CUUGCUGUGGUCGCCAGAACAAGGAAAGACAGAGGCUCAUAAAGACUACAUAAGAUUUGCAGGCUAGGUGCAGAAAUGGAGCCAGGAUCUAUAGUCAGUGCUGUGCGGAGCCAGAGGGUUUUGUGUGGAGAGGAAAUUCGACCUGCAGUCAUCUUUAUAAAAGAAGAAAAGAUUCAUAGCAUUCUGCCUGAUCCUGGAGCUUCAGUGCACACAGCUGGAGAGGUAUUGGAUGUGGGUAACAGUCUGGUAAUGCCAGGUAUAGUGGACUGUCAUGUUCAUGUGAAUGAACCAGGACGUACAAAUUGGGAGGGUUACUGGACCGCCACACAAGCAGCUGCUGCUGGAGGGGUGACUACUAUUGUAGACAUGCCCUUAAACAGCAUCCCACCAACUACCACUCUUGGAAACUUUCAAGAGAAGCUGCAUGCUGCUACUGGACAGUGUUUUGUAGACACCGCAUUCUGGGGAGGGGUCAUCCCUGGCAACCAACUGGAGCUGAGGCCGAUGGCCCAGGCAGGUGUGGCCGGGUUUAAGUGCUUUCUGAUUCACAGUGGAGUGGAUGAGUUUCCUCAUGUGAGUGACAGUGAUCUGCAUGCAGCUAUGAAAGAGCUCCAGGGCACAGACAGCGUUCUGCUGUUUCAUGCCGAGCGAGAAGUCCAGCAUCCAGUUGCUGACGAGGGAGAUCCAUGUGAAUACUCCACCUUCCUGAGGUCCAGACCUGACAUCAUGGAAUUUGAGGCCAUCCGCACUGUCACUCAACUCUGCCUACAGUAUCAAGUGCGUUGCCACAUUGUGCACCUGUCAUCAGCCCAGCCUCUCGAGCUUAUCAGGGCUGCCAGACAGGCUGGAGCUCCUCUGACUGUGGAGACCACACAUCACUACCUCAACCUGUCCUCCGAGAACAUCCCAGCAUGGGCCACUCAGUUUAAAUGCUGCCCUCCUAUCCGAGACACAGCCAACCAGGAGCUCUUGUGGUCUGCACUUAAAGCUGGGGACAUUGACAUGGUUGUGUCAGAUCACUCACCCUGCACGCCUGACCUCAAGUGUUUGGACAAUGGGGAUUUCAUGCAGGCGUGGGGAGGGAUCUCUUCUCUGCAAUUUGGUUUAUCUCUGUUCUGGACCUCAGCUUCUAAAAGAGGUUUUUCACUUUCCGACGCAGUAAGACUCUUGUGUAAAGAGCCUGCUCAACUCUGUCACCUUGACAACCAAAAAGGGAGUCUCAUUCCAGGUCACGAUGCAGACUUAGUCAUUUGGGAUCCAGAAAAAGAGUUUACGGUGACAGGGGACAAUGUUCAUCACAAAAACAAAUUGACGCCAUACCUUGGCCUUGCUCUGCAAGGGGAGGUGAAGGGCACUAUAGUCCGAGGUAGGCUGGUUUACAGUCAUGGCUCUUUUAGUUCUCAGCCCCUGGGGAAGCAUCUGCUCAUUCAGCACAAGACACAGAACUCUCUGUGAAUAUAUACAGCACAUUACUCUUGCAUCUUUCCAUAUACUCACUGUGAUGUGCUACAGUGCUGAUGCUACUAUAUAUACGUAUUAUAUUAUAUUUAAUUAGCCAUUUAUUUUAAUUAUUGUGCUUUUAAUAAAGUAGCCUAUUACUGUCUUUAAAAAAAUUAUCUAAUGACUGAUGUAUAUUAAUAAAACAUAAUAAUAAAACAAAAUUGUUAAUGAUUUAAAAAAAUUAAUAACUUGAAUAAUCUAUUGAAAUCAUUACUUGCAGUACAUUACAAUAAAAAUAUCACUGAUGCUUGACAUUGAUAUGAAAACAUGAAUGAUCAAAUACAAGUGUUUAUCAUCAGCCCCUAAAAGUAUUCAGACACUUAAGUAACACAUAGAAUGUAUGAGUUUCAUUGAAUUAGAAACAAAAUAUCAAACGCAGUGGCAUCUGCAAACAAUUUGUCCUGGACAUUUUCUCAAAACUAUUGUGCUUUUAAUUAAGUAUUACUGUAAGACCAAAAUCAUCUAUUAAUUUUACAAAAAUGUCAUUGUUAAUGAUUAAAAAAAAAAUAGUAUUGAAUAAAACAAAUAAACUUUAAAUAAUGCUUAA